UGGGAAGUAAGAAACUUGCCCUAUUAGGCAUGUUUCAUUUUUUAAUGUUUUUCCCCUCUAAGACAACCUCCAGUGGAUCUUUUCGAGGGGGAGAAAAAUAGAAUACUCGCACUUUCCGUCUGUUUUCCAGGAAAGAAAAAUGGGAUCUUUUAGAUAUAAAUAUCAGAAAGAAAAGGAAAAAAGAAGAAACAAUGAUAUUGGGUUGCAGGCUGCUGCAGUUGAAUUUGAGGUAAUGGUGGCGCCACGUCGUUGAGAUGUGAAUAGAGCGGGAAAAAAGAUAAUGAAUGGCCACAGAGCGAGUGAACCUCAUGCUUCCAUAGUCCAUAAACAGAUAACACUUCCAAGACUUCAGCCCACCAUUUUUAUAAAAAAAUAAUCUUUGCAUCAUAAAUGAAAUUGUAGUCGGUUGGCUGGCAUAGCCGUAGGGCCUCCUGAUGAAGAAGCAAUGGUGUAGAAUACAAGAAGUGUGCUUUUUUAUUUUGGUUCUAAUUUCUUUUAUAGGCUCCCUUUUGUUCCAGUUUCUCCUCCCAAAUCUGCAUGUAGGUUUUUGUUUGUGGGUGUUGCCUUUGUUUUCUAGUGGCGAGGAAAAGAACAGAGAACCCACAUUAAAGGGAGGGGAGGGAGGGGGGAAAAAGAUCAGAAAUUCUUCUGAGGUUGUCAAUUCUCAACAAUGUUUGCUUUUCUUAUAAUUUGUCCCAAGCUGCAGCAGUAGCAGUGUUGGUGAUAUUAUUGUUUUGUGUUUGUGUGGUUCAGGAGUCUUCAUCUUGUUUCCUUCACUGAAUCUCUGGUACGUUUCCUCUCUUCUGCCUCUCUCUUUCUCUCUAUCAGGGUUGUACUGUUGAUCAAUUACUGAGCUUUCUUUGGUUGUGAUGGUGGUUAUGGUUGUGUAGAGUGCAGGUGACAAAAGGGUAGUGUUGAAGGAGUUGAGGGGUUUUUUGGUGAGUAAUCUUUACUGCGGUGUGGUUGUGUACUUGUGUUCUUGUACUGUUUGCUUUUCUUGGCUGAAAGCCUGAAAUGUGGCUUUAUAUGUGAAUUCUGAUAUUGGUGAUCAAUAGUUUAUCUUAUCUUGAAAAUCAGAAGCAAGUCUUUAUUGAUCAAUGGUUCCUUGUGCCCUUUUCUUCGCUUUCUUUCGUUGCUCUUACUUUAUUUUGUUUUUUAUCAUGAUUCUACUUGUGCUUAUUGUAUCUGUUCUUAAUUGCACAACAGGAAGGAAGUUUGUGCAUGCCACACAACUGUGUGCAUAAGGGUUUUUUUGCUUUCUUCCAUGGGAAUGAGCAUUUGAAACUGAAGAUGGUCUUUGUUGGAAGUAGAGGUCCUGGUAGAACUUGGGGAGUUUCUCUACUUCUUAGGUGUUCUUGUUCUUCUGGCUUGAAUGUGUUCCACGGAAGUAACCAUGGAGCGCUCGCUUGACUCUGCGCGAUUGAAGUCUGAUAGUGCUAUAGAAUCUAAGAGCUUUGUAGCUGCCGACUGGAUUCAAAUACCUGUGUUGCUUAACUUCAAUUCAGGGGAGGAGGCUGUUAGGGUGGCAGCGGGAAGCCAUAACUUGAGCCAUCAGGUCACUUCACCUGGAGGAUGAAGUUUCUCCGGAUCAAUUUGUCUAGGCAAUGAGGUGGGGAGGUGAUGUUAGCUUGAGACACUGGUUGGACAAACCUGAAAGAUCUGUUGAGGAAUACGAGUGUUUGCACAUAUUCUCUCAAAUUGUUGACAUUGUAAAUAUAGCACAUUCGCAAGGGAUUGUAGUCAACAAUGUUCGACCUUCUUGCUUCUAUAUGUCCUCCUUCAACCAUGUCUCUUUCAUUGAAUCUGCUUCUUGUUCCGAUUCUGGGUCUGAUUCUUUAGAAGAUGGGUUGAAUAAUAACCAGGGCCUUGAGCUUAGAGAUUCAUUCUCUCCUUUGCUUCUUGCCAUCUCCCAGCAGCAGAAGAGUGCUGGUGGAAGUGAGGAUUUUCGGCCUGUCUCAACAAAUGCUUUCUCUGAAACUAGCUGCAUUCAAUCAAGUUCAGCCUGUGGGAGAGUGCCAUUAGCAGAGGACAAUGAAGAAGAUAAUAAUAGGAAUGUUGGGAAAGGAGAAAGAAAGCAACCACUGUUCCCAAUGAAGGAAGUUUUGCUUAUGGAGACUGGUUGGUAUACCAGUCCCGAAGAGGCUGCUGGUUCGACAAGCUCCAUUGCAUCAGAUAUAUAUCGGCUUGGUGUGCUUCUGUUUGAGUUGUUCUGCCCUUUCAAUUCAAGGGAAGAUAAGAGCAGAACUAUGUCUAGUUUGAGGCACCGAGUACUUCCACCCCAACUGCUGCUGAGGUGGCCAAAAGCAGCUUCAUUUUGCUUAUGGUUGCUGCAUCCGGAGCCUAGCAGUCGGCCAAGCGUGAGGGAUGUGUUGCAGAGUGAGUUCCUUGCUGAACCAAAAGAUAAACUAGUAGAGCGUGAAGCAGCCCUACAGCUGAGACAGAGAAUAGAAGAGCAAGAUCUGUUGCUCGAGUUCCUGUUAUUGAUACAACAGAGGAAACAGGAUGCUGCUGAUAAGUUGCAAGACACUGUUUCUCUUUUGUGCUCUGAUAUUGAAGAGGUCGUGAAGCAUCCAUCCUUUCACGGGAAUAAUGUAAGCACCGCUGCAGAAAAAGGGAAGGAAGAUCUUCUAGAUUCUGAUCUCCUGCUCAUGAACCCGUCUCAGACAGAUGAUUUUUUCGGCCUGGGUUCUCGAAAACGAUGUCGACCUGGUUAUCAGACUAAUGCUGAGGAAUCUGAUGAUAACAUGGAGGAUGUUCAAAACUCUAGUAUGAUGCCAUCACAAGCUCAAGGAAGUCUACUGUUUAAAAACUCACGGCUCAUGAAGAACAUCAAGAAAUUAGAGGCAGCAUAUCUGCUGACAAGAUGCAGACCACUGGCAGCAGUUAGGCCACUGGGAAGAUCGGUUGGUAGACAUUCCCAAGUCAGCAGUGAUGGAAGAGGUUCUGUUGUAGCGAGUGAAAGAAGCUCCAUUAGUGGGUUACAACCAAGAGCCCCGCAUGUUGUGGCCAGACAAACUGGAUGGAUUAGUCCAUUCCUUGAGGGUUUGUGCAAAUACUUAUCUCUGAGUAAGCUUAAAGUCAAGGCGAAUGUGAAGCAAGGAGAUAUGUUGAACUCUUCCAACCUAGUAUGCUCUUUGAGUUUUGAUCGUGAUGGGGAAUUCUUCGCUGCUGCUGGUGUAAAUAAGAAGAUAAAAGUGUUCGAGUGUGAUGCAAUCAUAAAUGAGAACCGUGAUAUCCACUACCCAGUUGUUGAGAUGGCUAGUAGGUCGAAACUGAGCAGUAUAUGUUGGAACAGCUAUAUUAAAAGUCAAAUUGCUUCAAGUAACUUUGAAGGCGUGGUGCAGGUAUGGGAUGCUUCAAGAGGUCAGGUAGUUACUGAAAUGAGAGAGCACGAGAAGCGUGUUUGGUCUAUUGACUUCUCAUCUGUAGAUCCUACACUGUUGGCUAGUGGGAGCGAUGAUGGUUCUGUCAAGCUAUGGAGCAUCAAUCAGGGAGUAAGCAUUGGUACCAUAAAAACAAAAGCCAAUGUGUGCUGUGUUCAAUUUCCACUAGAUUCCAGUCGCUCUCUUGCAUUUGGUUCAGCAGAUCAUAGAGUUUAUUACUACGAUCUUCGUAACUCGCGAGUUCCACUGUGCACAUUGGUUGGACACAGUAAAACUGUGAGUUACGUGAAGUUUGUUGACUCGACAACUAUGGUUUCUGCAUCAACGGAUAACACGCUGAAGCUCUGGGAUAUGUCGGCCUGCGCAUCUCGAGUCAAUGAUGCUCCACUGCACUCAUUCACGGGACAUAUGAACAUGAAGAACUUCGUUGGUCUAUCAGUGUCUGAUGGUUACAUUGCUACUGGCUCAGAAACAAAUGAGGUGGUGAUCUACCAUAAAGCCUUCCCCAUGCCAGCAUUAUCAUACAAGUUCAACACCACAGACCCGGUCUCCGGGCAUGAAAUGGAGGACACAUCCCAGUUCAUCUCAUCAGUCUGCUGGCGAGGCAAGUCGUCAACCCUCGUUGCUGCAAAUUCGACCGGCAAUAUCAAAAUCCUGGAGAUGGUUUGAUCCGAUUUGGCAAGCACACACCAUUACAUAUACAUGUAGCAAUAAUUUAGAGCCAGCUACAGAGAUCAAAGGACCAAGUGUUGUUAAAAGCAAGUAGAGAGAGAAGAGAGGGGUGGGUACUUAUUAGUAGUUGUUCAGCAUUAUGUUAGAGCCAGUCAAUGUUUUCUAGAUUAUUACUUAAUGCUCGGUGAUUUUAUAGCCUUUUUUCUCCUUUUUGUCAUGGGUUGGCGAAACAGAAGCAGAUGCUGCUGUUUAUUCAUCCACUACUAUGUAUAUUUUCUAAUGCAUAUCAUGGUCCAAAUCAUCAUUCUUCUUAGUCUGUUAACGCCUUUAUUCUUUAAUCUUCUCUCCUAAUCUUCGCUUAGGAAUCCUAAACAAGACAAACAUCUCCCAAGGAAACACAAACAAACACGCAUCUUGUCGCACUAAUUAAGCUUCAUGCUAAUA